AUGGUAAACAUACCACAAAAUAACUCGAUAACAACAAUCUUAGCAAUGGGAGAUUCCUUCAUGGAUACAGGGAACAAUAACCAUAGACAAUCAUUAAUCAAGGCUGAUUUUCCCCCAUAUGGAAAGGAUUUUUUGGGAAGAAAAUCAACUGGAAGGUUCACUAACAAUAGAACGCUUAGUGACUAUAUUGCUGGUAAUUUAGGAGUGAAGGAGUACCUUCCAGCAUAUUUAGACACUUCCAUACAAGACAAUGAUCUUAUUUCAGGUGUAUCUUUUGCUUCUGGUGGCUCUGGCUAUGAUAACUUAACAUCCAAAAUAGUGAAUGUCAUACCAUUAUCGGUUCAAUUGGAGAUGUUCAAAGAAUACAUUGGGAAGUUUAAAAAGAUUGUGGGAGAAGAAGAAGCAAACCAAAUGAUAAAAAAGGGUGUGUAUUUGGUAUCAUCAAGCUCUAACGAUUGGGCAAUAAGUUACACUGCAGUUCCAAUUAGACGAUUACAAUAUAAUGUGACGGGUUACGCUUAUCUAUUAGCAAACAAUGCUAGAGUCUUUUUUGAGGAAUUAUACAAACUGGGAGCAAGGAAAAUAGUUGUCUUCGGCACACCAUAUAUUGGUUGUUUUCCACUAGCAAGAACUUUCUUGGGAGGACUUAUUACUUGCAGUGACAUGUUGAAUAAAGAAGCAGAAACCUUCAACAAAAUGCUAAAAAGUCAGCUUGAAUAUCUUCAAAGCAGUUUGCCACAAUCCACUUUUUGCUAUGUUGAUUACUUUAAUAUUUCAAGAGAGCUCAUCGUAAACCAUCUCCAAUAUGGUAUGCAUUAUAUUCAAUAUUACUUUUCAACAUGGAAACUAUAA